UGGAGACGAGUGGAUGUACAGCUGCUUGAUUUGAGACUCCUGUCUCUAUUUAUCUGACAACUGAAGGAUACAAUUAAAUAAGAGGAUUUAUUGUAGAUUGUUUAUUCUGGACACACACAACUGACACUGGAGCUUAUUCCAAUGGAUACUGUAACAGCAGCAUCUUUGGCAAAAUGCUGCCAUGUCACGAAUGAACACAUGGAACCUUUACGACAGAAUGAGGUGCUCAGUCAUCAUGGAGGCUUCUGAGAGAAUGAGAACAAAGCAAGACUGCAUCUACUCCACUGUCAACAGGCUAAAGAAGGGCGACCUCAGUGGUAGAGGGGGUUUCCAUAUUGCUUCAGUUGAAAACAAGGGAUCUGGGCAAAGAAGAGAGGUUCCGCCGAAACUUCCCUUCACGACAUUGGACAACCUGAUCAACCAGAGGGAAGAAUCACCCAUGAUGGCUCACAGGAGGCCACACUUUGAUGCUCAUGGCACUGAGAACACUCUCCUGCUAGGCAACAAGCUCCCCAGAUCCAAUGGAGGCAAGAUAAAGGACAAGAUUUCUCUGUGGGAGGGUAAGGAACCCACUCACUCACCCAUUACCUCAGAUUCUUCGGGCCAGUGCACUACCUUGAAAGGGACAGAAUCCCAGACAAAAAGCCAAAAUAAGACUACUGAUGAGCAGAGUGGAGGCAGUUACAGGAGAGUGGCUCAGAUGGGGAAGGAAAAUCUUGGGGAAGAGACUGUAGAAAAACUGGGGGAUUCAAGGCCUUGUUCACCCGUUGAAACUGGAAAACAGCUGAGAGGGACACUCAAUAUCAGAAAUCCCUAUGAAACCCAACGAGAGGCGGACUGUAAAAGAGUGGUUCAAAACAGAAACCAAGUUCGCGAGAAAGAGAACGUAGAAAAGCUUGCAGAUUCAAGGCCGUGUUCGCCUACGGUGGUGAUGCAGCAGGCGGGAACAUUAAGGAAGAGCAGUGACAAGAGAGCGGCAGAACAAACCAGCCAAGAGAAGAGAGCGGUGUUCACUCUUUUUAAAAAGCUGGAGGCUCUAGGGGACCACCACGGGAAAACACCUCCGGAGCUUGGAAACUACUUCAGCCCGCCGAGUAAGGACAAAGAGGUGGAGGUGAGAAAGAAGGAAUCUGAAGCUGUGAGUCAGAGUGGAAAGGGGAAGCAGCCCCAGGAGAAUGUGUACACAGAACCAGGAGAGCUCCCUACUAACCCCGUCCCCAAACCCAGACGGACCUUCCAGCAUCCAGCUGCCAUCCCCAUGGGGAAGAGUCAGAGGCAAGGCAGUGGGCUAAGGAACCUCCCUCCGCUGCCCUCCAUCUCCACAAGAUCCUUUUCAAAACUUCCCUCUGGUGUCCCCGGGAGACCCAGGGGUGAGAGAGUCAAAGACAACGUCAACAGGAAAUCCUUUGAGUUUGAAGACCUUGCAGGGUCGACUGGGCCGCUCUUCCCUCGUACACUAUCUCAGGAUCAUCACUACGAAGACAUCCAGGAUUCGCCCAAGGAGAACCCAUACGAGGACAUAGAGUUGGAGAGUCAGUGCUCCCAGCAGUCUUUGCCCUCCUCCCCUGGUGCUGAUACAACCAAGACGUCACGGCCGGGCUUCUUCAGGCAGAACUCGGGCAGGAGCUUUAAGCUGCUGGAACUGCGGCGGGGCCACCAGCAGACACAAGGUGCCAGAAGUGGCGGCAUUUCAUCUCCACCCCGGCUCAGCCCUCCCUCCACCCCCACGGGUCCAGAACCCACCUCGUGGCUGCCGGGCGAUCCAUACAGCCGCACCUGCCACAGGAUACCAACGCUUGUUCUGAGGAUCAACAGCAUCUUUGAAGCUCGAAUCGGAAAGAAACAUCUGAGAAGGAUCUACCACUAUGCUGAGACGGCCUCAGGAAGAGUAACAGAUGAAAACAGUGACUCUGAGAGUGAAGUUGAAGAACGAGCUAAAGCUCACCGCCAGCGCCAGCGCCUUGUGUCCGUUCAGUCCAUACUGAGCCGGCCGAGCCAGACCCAGGUCCACUACAAUGGCACCAGCAGCCGGAGCAGCUCUCUGGACAAGGAGCUCCACCAGCGGAAGCUCUUUGAGUAUUUCCUGGUUGUGUCGCUGCAGAAGGCGAAGGCCGGUGUCCACUAUCUGCCGGAGGUCACGCAGCAGUUCCCCCCUAAGUUGGAGCGAAGCUUCAAGUUCAUGAGGGAGACAGAGGAUCAGCUGAGGAUCAUUCCUCAGUUCUGCUUCCCUGAUGCUAAAGACUGGGAGUCGGUGGAGAGCUACCCAAGUGAGAUGUUCUCCUUUGUUUUGACUGGAGAGGACGGGACCAGAAGGUUCGGAUACUGCCGGCGUUUACUGCCCAGUGGAAAAGGCAAACGUCUACCAGAAGUCUAUUGUAUUGUCAGUCACCUCGGCUGUUUCAACCUGUUCUCCAAGGUGCUGGAUGAGGUGGAGAGGCGAAGGGCUCUGUCUCCAGCCUUAGUGCAGCCCUUCAUGAGAGCUAUCAUGGAGGCCCAGUUUCCUGCUCCGGGCAGAACCAUCACUGUCAAAACGUUCCUGCCUGGCUCCGGCACUGAGGUGAUGGAGCUCUGUCGACCCUCUGACUCCCGCCUAGAGCAUGUCAACUUUGAGUGUCUCUUCUCCUGUUUGAGUCUGCGGCUGCUCCUGCGAGUGUUCGGCUCUCUGCUGCUGGAGCGACGGGUCAUCUUCACUGCUGACAAACUCAGCACUCUCUCCCAGUGCUGCCAUGCUGUGGUGGCCCUGCUGUACCCCUUCGUGUGGCAGCACACUUACAUCCCCGUGCUGCCCUCUGCCAUGCUCGACAUCGUGUGCACCCCGACCCCGUUCAUCGUGGGCCUGUUGUCCAGCUCGCUGCCCCAGCUCGCUGACCUGCCCCUGGAGGAGGUUCUGGUUGUGGAUCUAGGAAACAGUCGGUUCCUCAGACAGUUGGACGAUGAGGACUCCAUCUUGCCCUCCAAGCUUCAAUCAGCGCUGGAGAACGUUCUCGAGAGGAGAAGGGAUCUCGCCAAUGAGAGAGCAGACGCACCGGGUGACUCUGAACAGCUCAGCACGGUUGUAUCUGAGGCCUUUGUCCGUUUUUUCGUGGAGCUAGUUGGCCACUACCCGCUCUUCCUCACUGGUGAACGGGAGGACGGCUACUCCUCCUCGUCCUCCUCCCCGGUCCCCUGUUCCUUCCAGCGGGAGGGCUUUCGUAAAGCGAUCUCCUCCAAGACCGUGCGUCGCUUCCUGGAGGUUUUCAUGGAGACCCAGAUGUUUGGCUGGUUCAUCCAGGAGAGGGAGCUCCACAGGCAGGCUCUGAGAGGACUGUUUGAAGUGAGGUUGCAGGAGUAUCUGGACUCCAUCAAAGAGAAUGAACAUCGGCGGGUGAACAGGUUUCUCAAAGGCUUGGGAAACAAAAUGAAAUUUCUUUCCAAGAAAUAAUGCAACUUUAACAACAAAAAGCACUGAAGCACUGAAAGAAGAAAAAAGGACUGCAGAUAAGCACCUCCUCAUUUUCAUCCCAUCUUCAUCUUCCUUAUAUAUUUAGUGAGACAGAGGGUUUCGCUCUAGGACUCAACAGAAAGUGUCUGUUGUGUUUCUACCAAAGGAAAAUACUGCUGUAUUUCAUUUCAAGGAAGGAACAUGGGACUGCAGACAGACGGGAAUAUUUCCUGUUUAUGUUUCCUGGCCGAUUCCUUUUUAUAUGAUACUCCUCAGACAUUCAUGAAUCAAUCAAAUAACAUGGUGUAAAAUAUAUCUAAAAAAACAUUGCAGAUGAUUUAUUAAAGGGUAAAAGUUUGUGUAUAAAUCAUAUUGAGUCCAGGUGCUUCUAUACAGGGCAUUGUUUGUCAAGCAUUGAAGUUUAUAUGCUACACAGUAUGUUAGUCACCCUGUAAUUUGACUUGACUUGACAGUUCAUUUUGUUUUCUGAAUCCACCAGGGGGCAGUAGUAUAUUUUUUUCUAGUUACAUGAUCUUGAUGAUAAUGACACGAACCUGCUUUUUAAUGCUUUUCAUUUUCUUUUAGUCAUAACAGUGACAACACCACUAAAACUUUGACACUAAAGUAAAUAAAUUUCAUUGAAGCUCUGA